AUGCCUCCACGUUUGUCAGUACAGGGCUUGUCGAAGCCAUUUUCAGGCUCCUCCUCACAUGUAACAAAUCCGUUGACACUUGUCAAGCGCGAACCAUGCAAAGUCAACAUUCGCGCAGGCUCAUUCGAGGCCCGACAAAGGCGACGGCAUGACCCAUUCCUCAUGGCACAGUCGCGUCAACGCAAAGCCGCCAAUAUCUCUCGCCAACAGGCCCUUUUCGAAGAACGACAGGCUGCCUUGGGCGAUCCCGUGAAAAGCGAACCCACUCCAUUCAUUCAGCAGAUUGAAGCAAUCCAGUCCGGAAAUAUCCCAUCUCAAAUGGCCGGAACUGCCAAUGUCAGUACAUGGAAUCAUUUCAUCAAGGCCCACGAAUUCGACGCAGCCCUCGAGUACUCCAAAUCUCUCACGGAGCCCCUGCCGGCCCAGGACGCAAACAUCGCUGAUCCUCACGCACACGAACAAGCGAUCCAACAACACGAAAAAUCUCACCAAAACGCACGGGAGGCAAUGAAGCGUAUUGUGCAGUUGUCCAGCGGAAACACCGCGGAUCGUACGCGAGUCAACAUCGAAGCUUGCAUUGAGACCUUUGGCCGACACAACACCGACAAGACCCUGCCCCCGAAACCAGCCGCUGUCACCACCACAGAACACCCCGAAAAGACUCCUCGAGCUGGCCCAGAUACCGGAUCCCCAGAAGUCCAGGUUGCUAUUCUGACAACCAAGAUUAUGAAUUUAUCGCGACAUCUUCAAACAACCAACAAAGACAGACACAAUAAGCGUAAUCUUCGAAUUCUCGUACACAAGAGACAGAAGCUCUUACAAUAUCUCAGGAGGAAAGAGCGAGGAGGCCCGCGAUGGCAGAACUUGAUGGCAUCUCUUGGUCUAUCAGACGCAGCCUGGAAAGGUGAAAUCAGCAUGUAA